AUGGAGAUUAAGGAGCACUACUUUGAGGUUUGUGAUAUUGUUGAUGGCUUAUUCCUAGAAAUAUUCAAACACUUGAAGGAAAAUUGUAAGCAUACACUUGAGGCAGUAAAUAAGCAGUAUCCAUUUGAACCACUGCAGUACCUAGAGAAAACCUUGAAGCUAACGUACGAGGAAGGGAUUCAAAUGCUGAAGGAAUCUGGAACUGAAAUUGAGCCUAUGGGUGACCUCAACACCGAAGCUGAGAAAAAACUUGGUCUCCUUGUUAAGGAGAAGUAUGGGACAGAAUUUUUCAUUCUCUAUCGGUAUCCUUUGGCUGUGCGCCCUUUCUACACCAUGCCUUGCUAUGAUGACCCUGCUUACAGCAACUCUUUUGAUGUCUUCAUGCGAGGUGGGUAUUUCAGUCUAGACUGGUAG